AGGGGGGCCUCGACGUGUCGUCAUGUUUACCGCCGCCUGCUCUUUAAAAACGCGGCUAGUAUCCAGUAAACGCCAUCAGAUGGCAUAACAUUCUCCUCCAUAAUUUUCUCCUUUUCCCUGCACCGUGUCAUUGCGGAUGGCGGAUCAACUGCUCUCCACCAUCUCCCGCAAACUCCGUUCCUUGCCGGCGAGCUACGUCCGGCCCGAGUCCCAGCGUCCGCGCCUCCACGAGGUUAUCAGCGACGCCGCCAUACCCACCGUCGACCUCGGCUCGCCGGACCAGCAUCAGAUCGUGGCCCAAAUCGCCGACGCCUGCACGCAUUACGGAUUCUUCCAGGUGGUGAAUCAUGGAGUGGGGAAUAAGUCGAUGCGGCUGAUGAUGGAAGUGGCGCAGGAGUUCUUCCAGCUGCCGGCGGAGGAGAAGGCGAAGCUCUACUCCGACGAUCCGGCGAAGAAGAUAAGGCUCUCGACGAGCUUCAACAUCAGGAAGGAGACGGUGCGAAACUGGAGGGACUACCUUCGACUCCAUUGCUAUCCCCUUGAAGAUUUCACGCCCGAGUGGCCUUCCAAUCCGUCGUCCUUCAAGGAAGUGGUGAGCGAUUACUGCAAGGAAGUGCGAGGACUUGGAUUUCGACUGCUGGGAUUGAUAUCGCUUAGUUUGGGACUGGAGGAGGAGUACAUGGUGAAGGUUUUGGGGGAGCAAGAGCAACAUAUGGCUAUAAACUACUAUCCAAAGUGCCCAGCUCCAGAUCUCACCUACGGUCUCCAAGCCCACACCGACCCCAACGCCCUCACCAUUCUUCUCCAGGACCAUACCGUGGAUGGUCUGCAGAUUCGCAAAGACGACAAGUGGAUCGCCGUCGGUUCUCAUCCCCAUUCCUUCAUCAUCAACAUCGGCGACCAAUUACAGGCGUUGAGUAAUGGAAGGUACAAGAGCGUUUGGCACCGUGCGAUCGUGAACGCCAACAAAGACCGGAUGUCGGUGGCAUCCUUCCUUUGCCCUUCCAAUCGCGUGCUCAUCAGCCCACCUGAAAAGCUCCUUAGCGAGGCAGGGCGAGCCAUGUAUAAGAACUACACCUACGAAGAGUACUACGACAGGUUUUGGAGUAGAAACCUGGAUGAUGAGCACUGUUUGGAGCUCUUCAAAAACGCUUCCUCGCUCGAGUCAGAGAAUCAAGCCUCCUCCUCCUCCGGCGGGAAUCAAUCAUAGUCCACGUGGUGUGUGUGUUGAAGUUGUCAAAUCAUGGAGGCCAAGAAGCAUCGAUUUCGGAUCUACUUCGCUCGCCAAAUUUUUUUUAGGUAAUUUGGUUGGCAAAUUUUGUAGACGGAAAGAGCACGAUGGUCCGGCCGGAACCCCUGCGAGCCGCGCGCGCGCGAGGUAUGCCCGAAAGAAGUAGUCACAACAUUCGGGCUCCGCCUCCCGAUUCAGACAUGCUUCCUCCAUGGCAGGCCACUUGCUCGGCCGUUCGACUUCCGGGGUGUUCAAUCGGCCCUGAUCCGGAGCUCAACCUAUUCGGGUUCGGGACUGGAUUAUGUAGGAUGCCGACAUGGUAUUAGUAUGUUGAUAAAUUAAUAUGGAAUUAGCAACUUCUGUUCCACUCUUGACCAGGAGUUGCUAAUAGAUAGGAUCUCAUGAGAAGAGAUCCUCUUGAUCGAUUUUUUGCGAUUCAGAAGAUGUUCCUUUUUUAUGUAUUGGUAAAGAUACAUGAUCUCCAUCUUUUUUACAAGUGGGGAUUAUAUAUUCCUAUCAAUAUAUGUAAAGGAACAUCCUCUGGACUGUAAAAGUGAUCCAAAAAAUCCGACUUGGAUCCCAUUGACUAUACUUGUAUAUUACAGGUGUUCGGUCCAGAGGAUACGGCUUCUGGAAUUAAUGGAUUGCUGAGAAUUAGUGGGUUGAUGAGAUGGUAGUUUGUAGAAUAAUGAGAUAAUAAUUAGUGAUAAUAAUGGAUAAAGAUAAAUAGUCUAUAGUCAAUGUAUUUACAUUAAUUGUGGAGUUAGUGGUUUAUUUGGAUGAUGUAAUUAGCCUAUAUUAGUUUUUAUGAAUGAAAAUAUGAAACAAAAAAAUGAUUUUAGACAGAAGUUCAAA